CGGGAUAUUGGGUUUAAUGGAAUGAAAAUUCAAAAACGUGUUCCGUGUGAUUUCAAUGGGCUUGACCAAAUUAUUAACUUGGUUAAUAAAUGGAAGAAACUUUGUGCCACGCUUGACACCUAUCCCAAGACAAUUUUUAAGUAGUUAUCCCUGUAGAAGUAUAAGUACUACCAAAAUGUUUAAGUCAGCUGUUAUGAAUCUACGGGAAGCAAGCAAUGACCAAGUUCAAGAAUUUCUUAAUUCUUUCGACACUGUUCUUACGGACUGUGAUGGUGUAUUGUGGAUAGACAAUAAUGUCAUACCGGGUUCAGCUGAGACCAUGAAUUAUUUUCGUAAAUUAGGAAAGAAAAUUUUUUAUGUGACGAAUAAUUCUACAAAAAUUCGUAGAGAUUUUGCUCUAAAAGCACAACAACUGGGUUUUAUAGCAAGUGAGGAAGAAAUCCUUUCCACUGCUUAUUUGGUAGCACAUUACCUAAAAGGUAUUGGCUUUACCAAAAAGGUGUAUCUUCUUGGGUCCAAUGGCAUUGGAGAAGAACUUAAAGCUGUUGGUAUUAGGCAUAUUGGUGUUGGUCCAGAUCAUGUCCAACCAGAUUUCAAAAACAUGAAACCUUCAGAUUUAGAUCCUGAAGUUGGAGCUGUUGUUGUUGGAUUUGACGAGCAUGUCAGUUAUCCGAAGUUUAUGAAAGCAGCUUCCUACCUUGCUUCUGAAGAAUGCUUGUUUGUGGCAACAAAUACUGACGAGAGGUUCCCAAAAGCAGCAUCUAUUGUUGUACCCGGAACCGGUACCCUCGUGAGGGCUGUAGAAACAUGCUCAGAACGAAGGGCAUUAGUAGUUGGAAAACCCCAUGCAUAUGUGCGGAAGUUUCUUGAAUCUUGUGGACUGAGUCCAGAGAGGACAUUGAUGAUUGGAGACAGAUGCAAUACCGACAUAGAACUAGGUGUCCGAUGCGGUUUUCAAACACUCCUCGUGUUGUCUGGUGUAACAUCUGCUAAAGAUCUGGAGAAGAUACGCAGCGAGAAGAAACCGCCGUUGCCAGAUGUUGUUCUACCGAAACUUGGGGAUUUGCAGUCACUUGUAACGUCAUAGUAUAGUAGGGAACAUAAAUUCGACAAAACAAUAGCAUGUUAAUAGGUCAAUUGUAAAGCAAUUAAAGUUAGAUUUAGUAGUAAAGAUGCAAGGAACUGCUUAUAAAAAUAUUUAUACUAUUUAACCAAAUCAAAUGUUGUAAGCAUUUGAAACAUAAUAUUGCUAAAUGCUUGUAAGAGUAAUACAUGAAACAUAUCGUUGAUUUAAUUUGAUAGUGGCACAGGUCUUAUAAUAUUAUAUAAAUAGUUUGUGGAGUUUCUCAGAAAAUGGAUCAUGUCCUUUUACUGUAAAUUAUAAGGCCCGUAAAAAAUAUUUACUAGUCACCAGAUUUAUUAUAAACUUAUUGUGUUUGUUAUAAUAUUUUUAGAUGGUAUUCGUUGGGUAGAUAUAUUAUGAUAGCAGAACGGGAAAUUAGUUUAGUUAGUGAUCGGAUAACCAGUAAAAUUCACUUUUUUUUCCUUCCUAAGACCAUCAGCUUGGUCUAGAGAGACCAUGUCAGCGUCGCCGGGCUAGUAGGUGAGCUCACGGGGCUCA